AUGAUGACAUGGAAGCCCAAUCAGAAAAUUAAAAGAAAAAUCGAAUUUCUCAUCAUUGCAUUAUUUUUGUUUUUCACUAGAAUAACAAACAGCCAAUUAAUAAAAUUGGAUGGACAGAAAAUAAACACAAAUUAUAUACUGUAUGUCUUGAAAGGAUUAUACAUAUUUGGAAAAAAUGACACUCCAUAUGUUUUGUUAGGGGAAAAAAAGGAUAUGGCCAUAAAAGGGCCACAUGCAAUUUUUGAAAAUAUAGGAAUUAGUACAACUGAUAAUAAGAAUACAAAAUAUUUCAGCUUCGAUCUUGAUGAUAACAAAAUAAAUGAUCAGGGAAAAGAUGAAUCAGAUGAUGAAAACACAGGAGACGAUAAUUCAAAAGGGGAAAAUAGAAACAACAGUGAUGAAGAUGAAAGUGAUGAUGAAAAUGAUGAUGAUUCCGGUUCUGAUGAUGAAAAAAAAAAAAAAAAAAAAUUUAAAAUAAACUUGUAUAAAAACAACCCAUAUUUAAGAAAAAAAAAAGAAUAUAUGCAAAGAGGGGAGGAUGAAUCUUUAGAUUCAUCAGACCUAUUUUUGGAAAUGAUAAUAAUGAAGGAAAGCGAUUUUAAUAAGUAUUAUUUACCUAAAGAUUCUAAUGUUUGUUGUCAUACAGAAGAAACAGGUAUGGAUGGAAGUGAUUCUUAUACUUGUCCAGGGAAUGGAUAUUUAAAGAGAUAUGUAGAUGAAUCAAAUAUGUAUUCAUUAAAAUUACCAGUGUAUUUUGUAAAUGAUAGGAUACAAAAUGAUGUAGUAUCCGAGUCAGAAAAUGAAGUAAAUCAUGAACAACUUUUAAAAAAAAUUGAAAAUAAGUAUGUAUAUAAUAUAGAUGAAACCAAUGUGUAUGCAUUAUUUUUGUCAAAUUGUUCGAAAAGUAAAAAAUAUGAAUUAGAAUUACAUGGAAAUGUACAUAUUUUAAAUAAGUAUGGAUAUUUGCCAGGAGAUAAAGUUCCGAAAUUAAAUUUAUAUGUUUUUUGUAUGACCAUAUAUUCAAUUUAUUUAUUUGCAUGGAUUUAUUUACUAAUAAGGAAUAAACAAUUUGUUAUUAAAAUUCAAAUAUGGAUUUUAGUCUGUAUAUUUUUAUAUCUUAUAGAAAAUUUUUUUCUCUUUCUAUACUUCUUGGCAUAUAAUUUACAUGCAAGAGUGAAUAGCAAUUUAUUAUUCCUUUCGGUUUGUUCAAGCAUAUUAAAAAAUGUUUGUUCAUAUCUUUUAAUAUUAUUGGGAGCAUUAGGCUGGGGAUUAGUAAUACCAACAUUAGAUAGGAAAACAUUUAUCAAGAUAAAAGUCUUAUUCUUUUUUUUUAUCAUUUUUGAUUUUAUAAAACAGUUCUUAGAUAUGCACUUAACUGAUUCAGAAGUUAAUACAGUUUAUUUUCUUUUCUGCAUUUUACCAGUAACAAUCAUAUAUUCUAUCAUAUACUUAUGGGUAUUUACAUCAGCUAGCAAAAUUAUUAUUCAAUUAAAUGAAGACAAACAAUAUGAAAAAUUAAAUAUGUUCAAAAAAUUUUUUAACGUUUUAAUAUUUACACUUAUAUUUUCAGUCAUGGCUUUUCUCAUAGAUAUUGUUGUCAUGCUUAUUGUAGAUAACACCAUAUGGAGCUUAAAAUGUUACAUAAGCGAGGGAAUUGUAAGCUGCUUGUUUUUAAUCAUACUCACUGCCAUGUUUAUGUUGUUCAGACCAUCCGAUAGACUUAAGAGAAUUUCACACUUUACUGAAAUUGGUGAUAUUGACGAGAUGGAGGAUUUUUCCAAUUUUAAGACAACUGCAGAAGAUGUCACCUAA